AGGCGCGCGGCCCGCGGUGUUUUUUUUUUGGCGGGACUCGACAGAGGCGGACCGCGUAGAGACCAAAGCCGAGCCCAGGGAGGCGAGCGGACCGGGAAGAGACGAGCGCCGCCUCCAGUGCGAGUAGAUGAGAGCGGACCGAGCAGAAGCAACUCGAUAGAGAGAGAGAGAAAGAGAGAGCGACCGAGAGAGCAGAGCGCGCGCAGAGGGUGGGAGGAAGAGGAGGGAGACGAGACGAGACGAGGAACGCGCGUGGCCUUCACAGAGGGAGAGACAGGGCGGGGAGAGAGCGGACCGAGUAGAUCCAACCCGGGUAGGGGUGGGGAGGGGGGGCAGAGAAAGACCGGGACACGCGCACAGGGCAGGGCAGGGCCGCAGGAGAGCGCGGACCGGGCAGAGUGCACGCUAACCAGGGUGGGGGGGGAGAGAGAGAGAGAGCCAGCGAGCGAGUGAGCGGGACCGGGAAGCCACAACGGUGCGGGUAAACGGUCAACUCAUCCACUCGGGGUUUAAACUCGGGGCCGCGCAGCUCAGGCCUUCUUCAGCGGCAGCAGCAGCCCUCGCAAUUUUCACGUAAGGACUUGACUAGGCGGACAUAAAGUUGAAGAUGACUACGGUUGAAGAUCCCUUUUUUUCUCCUAUUAGCCUUGUUUCUACUGCGAAAAUGGGAAAGAAGCAAGGUAGCAAGACAAAAAAGUCUGAAGAUGUGCAGCCUGAAGAAUACAUUGUCGAACGAGUGUUAGACAGACGGGUUGUACAAGGAAGGGUUGAAUACCUUUUGAAAUGGAAAGGUUUUACAGAUGCUGACAAUACUUGGGAACCCGAAGACAAUUUGGACUGCCCGGAGCUAAUUCAGGAGUUUUUGGAUUCACAGAAGGCCACCAAAGAACGAACUGAUGGAUUCAAGAGAAAAUCUCUCUCUGAAACUGAAAAUGAAGAAAACAAGCCAAAGAAGAAAAAAGAUCCAAAUGACAACCAGCCGAGAGGCUUUGCAAGGGGGCUGGAACCAGAACGUAUAAUUGGUGCAACUGAUUCAAGUGGAGAAUUAAUGUUUCUAAUGAAAUGGAAGGAUUCAGAUGAUGCAGACCUAGUCCCAUCAAAGGAAGCAAAUGUGAAGUGUCCACAGGUGGUGAUUGCAUUUUAUGAAGAGAGGCUGACCUGGCAUUCCUAUUCUACAGAUGAUGAAGAGAACUAGCUAUUGUUUGCUGUAAAUGUGGAGAGUGUGAUAGGGGAAAGUUGCAGCACAUUUAUGUUCAGAAGCACUGUUAUUGUUGGUUUAGAAAGUUGUGCUAGAAAUAACUUUGUCAUCCGUUUCUUUUUUAAUACGAAUGGACAUCAGGGGCAAACUUCAACUGAAUGCUUUAUGCAUUGAGAGACUAGAACCCUUCUGUUGCUUUACUUUUGGGAUAUUGAUUAAAUCUGUCCAUAUCAAAUCUGCUUUUUGGUUCUUUUCAUUGAUGGUAGAGCUGAGUCAUAUGUUUAUUUGUUAUUGACCAGUAAAAUGUUUGCAUGUCAGGCUUUUUUAUAUAAAAAACUUGGAAGGAUCUGCAAGGUUGGUCUGUGCUGUCACACUGAUUGGCUUUCAGGCCACCCUUUUGAACCCAGUCUGCUUAGACUGUUUUUGUAACCGAAAACCUUAGGGAGUUUUUUUGUGCUCCAAGUGAAAAAUGAAGCACAAUGACUUAAUGCCUGGAGAAACUAUCCAUUUGAUUCCUUUUGCAGCAUGUUUUGGCUUGGCACUUGAUUCAUUGUUUCUGGCUUUUAAAUAUGUUAGCCAAAUAUUCAUAGUUUCAGUCACUUGGAAUGUAGCAUUCUGUUUGUACUUCAUAAAUGUGCAGUUUAAAAAUAUGAUUUGCAAAGUACUGUUUUCGUAGUUAUUAUUCACCAGAUUUUGAAUGCUUCAAACAACCCAAGGAAUUGACUGAUCAACUGCUUCAGACUUAAGUCACCUGAUACAAUGCAACUGCUGAACUCAUCUGAAGUACAUGAUUAGUUUGUUAAGAAGCCGUUUGACAAUAAUGGUCAUUUGUACAUUGCAGGCUGUAACUGUUCUGGGUUUGCUCUCUUGAUUUACAAUAACUUGUGUAUGAUGAUGAGGUAGCUGAUCAACUCAAUGCAAAAUUUGGGAUAUAAACUUGAGUUGGUGUGGUGGUGUGUCCUCAAAUUAAAGAAUUGUGACAUUUUGCAAUGCGCAGGUUGGUUCAAAAACUGAACUCAUUUAAUUUAUGACUUUAAACUUGAUGGACAAUAUUUUUCUGUUGACUACUCGGGUGGUAUUGCCCAAUUUCUUCAGUUGAGGUGAUGUGAUUUGAAUCGGUUACUUAGUGUUAAAUGUUUAAUAAAGCUUUGUCUUUUGAAUAAAAA